AUGUUUCACAAUAAAAAUAAUAGUAACCAAAUGGUUAUUAAAUUUAUAUUGAUUCUUUGUUUAUCACCAUCAUCACUUAUAUCAUUAUUGUCUAUGUUUGUUUUAAAUUCAUCUGAAGCAUAUUAUUUACCAGUGAAAUAUAAUUUUGAUCAUGAUUUAAUUGAUUAUUUAACAAAUGUGAGUGAAUUAAAAUAUUAUCCACGUCAAACAAGAUCAUUUUACUCACGAGAAGAACUGGCACAUUAUUUAAAUCAUAUGUUACAAGAAGAAGAAGCAUCUAUGAACAAACUGCCGAUUUCUCCUUUACGAUUUGGAUAA